AAUAUUCAAUGCCACCAACUGCACUCAGCUUGAGGUCCAACCGCACUGCUUAUAAAACAAAAUCAACACAUCAGCGCGACCGAAACGUCUUCAGUAUUUGAGACCAGACGAAAUUCGUGCCCGGAGUAGGUGCCGGGCAGUGCUGGAGAUGUUGGAACGUCGUCCCUUAUGGGGAUUAAUAGUGUUGCUCAAUGUAUGCGUCGUAAUAUGGCGAAUGCAGGAACCGGCUGUGCUCAGUGUCGAAUACGACGGCGGUGUUGCAGAAAGCGGCGCAAAUGCCAAUACGAACGCGCAACAAUUGGUCGACGAAGACGCGUCUCUACGCCAACACCACCAACAACAAACACAACAUCAACAUCAGCAGCCCGGUCGGGCAGCUUGGCCGAACGGUAUAGCGGCGCGUAAUUCUCUGGCGCGCCAAGAGCAACAGCUAUAUGCCGGUAAACAUUUACUAGCCGAUAGCGUCGAAGCGAACGAAAUCGCUGCCAAAGUAACGCGUAAAGCGAAUGAUAAUAGUCUUCUACACAUAAGCGGCUAUAGUAGUAGUAGUAGUAGCAGCAGCAGCAGCAGGACUAGCACUAGCACCACCACUAGUCGUAAGAUCCAGAAUAAGAGUAGAAGUAAACAUUUAAAUAAGAAUUAUGCACCACCCAGCAGUAUAAGCUCAAUUAAAAGUACGCCCUCACCACUAGUCACAGCGGCAACGCUAAAGAAUAACGCAGACGUACAAACAACAACGACCGCCGGCAAUGUGAGAACGUACAACUUUCCACCGGAUGACUUCCAUCAACUAAUCGAUCUGCACGACUUCGCGUACCUUAUAAGUCAGGAUGGCUGUAGUAGGGAUAUACAAGGACUGAUACUGGUGCAUUCAGCGCCGGCGAAUGAGGAAAAGCGCCGCCUUAUACGUGACACCUGGGCCAAUAUGGAUUUACUACCGCGCGUCAAUGGCGUUAUACCAUUGCGAAUUAUCUUUUUACUCGGCAUGGUCGAGACCGAGGCACAACAGUUGGAUAUUGAGCGGGAGAAUUUCGAAAAUGGUGAUUUAAUACAGGGCGCCUUCGUGGAUAGUUAUCGCAAUAUGACCUAUAAGCAUGUAAUGGCAUUCAAAUGGUUUCUGUAUAAUUGUGCGCAUGCGCAAAUAUUAAUUAAGGUCGAUGAUGAUGUCUACGUGAAUACGCCACAAUUGCUCAUCUACCUAGAGCGUACACUACAGAGUGAUGCGUUGGAGAGUCGGGUAGGAAUGCUACCCACUGCUGCAGCAUCUAUGCAACAUACCGCCGAUACCGUUAGCAACGCUGUUGAAAAUACCAGCAUGGAAAGUAGUAGUAGUAGUAGAAGUAGUACUAGUAGCAGUAAAAGUAGUAGUAGAGGUACUGUAAGAAAUGCCUCCGCCGCGCUUCAUGUCAAUCCCCAGUUAACGACUUUGCGCGCUAAUGCUACCCGAUUUAAUGCCGCUCAAAUGUUAUUCCGUCAUCCGCAAGAUUUGCUUUUCUGCAAAACGACUAUAAAUGCUCAAGUCAAACGUAGCUAUCGCUCAAAAUGGCGUGUCAAUGUGCGGGAAUAUGCCGGUCGUUACUAUCCGCCAUACUGUCCAGGUUUUGCUAUAAUAUACUCGCCAGAUGUGGCAUUGGCUUUGUACAAUGCCGCGCAAGUAUCGACAUACUUUUGGAUAGAUGACGUCCAUAUAACGGGAAUUUUGGCGCAAAAUAUCAGUGCGCCCAUAACAAAUGCCUACGAAUAUAUACUCUAUGAAGAUGAUUGUGACAAUUUGCUCAAUGAUGUGACGACAAGUGAUAGUGUGGAAUUCAUCUAUGCUUGGCAUCUCAUCAAUCCUGAACAAAUGCAAAAGCUUUGGGAGCUGUAUUUGGCAAAGGCGAAGAGGCAUUUCUCAUCGUUUACACAUCAACAAUAUACUCGUACAUCAACAUUGUCACUGUUGCAUAAAGCCGCCGCCGCCGCCGCCAAAAACACACCAAACAAUCCGACUGAAUUCAAUAAAUUUAAGAGCUACAGAUAGUAACUUAGUAAAUCUUAGUGAGAUUGGUGGAGUUCCAGAUGUUCAUGACACAACACAGUACAUAUUUUAGCGCACAUACAUAUACAUACACCUAAGCAAAAAUACAUACAAAUGUACAUACACAUAAACACACAUAAACACAAAAUAGUAACAGGGAUGGAAAUCACGCCGAAAAACAGUUCUUGAACCUUCCAUUAAUCGCAUCAUAAAGGAUUCGAACGUAAAAAAAUCUCAAAAAUUUAAAUAAAUAUUAAAUUUAUGUACAUACAUAUAUGCAGUUGAAAAGGACACUGAACGCCUUAAAAACUUGGAGUGGAGUUUUACUUUUAGUGAACUAUAAAAUGUUUAUUGUGAUGCAAACAUUUUCGUCCACGGUUACGCAACGGUGGUAGCGGAGUAGCAGCUCUUAGCAGAAUUUAGGAGGGUUUAAGGAAACUCAUAUUUUUCCAUUUACGUAAAAAUUUAAGGGGUUGUCUGUUUUCAAUGACUAUCAAACAAAGCAUCAAAAAGCCACAGACUUACGAAACUUCCUUUGCAUAUACUAUUUUAGAUAAUGACAGAUCUUCAGCAAGAAAAUUAAAAUUAAAAAAUUCUCAGCAAAAAUAAAAUAACAAUUAAGUAUAAAAAAGUAAGCAAGAUAAU